AUGAAGGCAAUUCACUUUGGUGGUGGUAACAUCGGUCGUGGCUUCGUCGCCGAGUUCCUGCACAAAUCCGGAUAUGAAGUCGUCUUUGUCGAUGUCAUGGACGCCAUUAUCAACGCCCUGCAACAAAACAAGUCAUACACUGUGACAGAAGUCGGCACAUCAGACACCAAGUCAAAGACGAUCGACAACUACCGCGCCAUCAACAGCAAGACCGAUGAGGACAAGGUCGUCGAGGAGAUUGCCACUGCCGACAUUGUCACCUGCGCAGUUGGCCCCAACAUCCUCAAGUUCAUUGCUCCUGUCAUCGCCAAGGGUAUCGAGAACCGCAAGAAGGACUCGCCUCUCGCUGUUAUUGCCUGUGAGAAUGCCAUUGGAGCCACGGACACCCUUCGCAAGUUCAUCGAGGAGAAGCUUUCAGACUCGACCAAGUCGAACAUUCAAGAGAAGGCUCGCUUCGCUAACAGUGCCAUCGACCGCAUUGUUCCCAUGCAGGAUGAGGACGCUGGUUUGAACGUCAAAAUCGAGAAGUUCUACGAGUGGUGUGUUGAGAGCAAGCCUUUCCUUCCCUCGCAACCACCAAAGAUCGAGGGUGUUCACUUUGUUGAGGACCUUACCCCCUUCAUCGAGCGUAAGCUCUUCACCGUCAACACUGGCCACGCCACUGCUGCCUACUACGGCUACAACCGCGGCAAGGAAUGCAUCCACGAUGUCCUGCAAGACAAGGAGUUGCACGAGAUUGUACGAAACACUCUCAAGGAGACUGCUCACCUGAUCGUGAACAAGCACGAAAUUACUGAGGAGGAUCAGAACGAGUACGUCGAGAAGAUCAUCAAGCGCAUCUCAAACCCAGUCCUCAAGGACAAUGUCGAGCGUGUUGGUCGUGCUCCUCUCCGCAAGCUGUCGCGCAACGAGCGCUUCAUUGGACCUGCUGCUCAUCUUGCUGAGAUGGGAGCCAAGUAUGAUGCCCUUCUUGGUGGUAUCGAGAUGUGUCUUCGCUUCCAGAACGUUGAGGGUGACGAGGAGUCAUUCGAGCUGGCCAAGAUCCUCAAGGAGAACUCGUCAAGUGACGCUACUGAGAAGAUCACUGGUCUUGAGCGCAACCACACUCUCUUCCCAGCAGUCGAGGAGGUCGUCAAGAAGGUUCAGGCCUGA